AUGGAAAAUGUGUCAUCUGCAAUAGAGUUUUCUCUGUCUGGGUUCGAGGAGCUAUUAGACUACAGAGUAACGCUGUUCUGUCUCACUUUACUGUUUUACUGUGUUAUUAUUAUGGUAAAUGUUGCCCUUACUGUUACCAUCACCAUGGAUAGAAAUCUCCAUGAGCCCAUGUACAUCUUUAUUUGUAAUUUGUGCAUCAAUGGACUUUAUGGUACUUCAGGAUUCUACCCCAAGUUCCUGCUGGACCUUCUGUCUCGUCAUCAGAGUAUCUCUCAUUCAGGAUGUCUGUUUCAAGCUAUAGUAAUAUACUCUUCUGUGUGCAUUGAUAUUUGUCUGUUAACAGUGAUGUCUUAUGACAGGUCUGUGGCAAUAUGUAGACCAUUGCAGUAUCACUCUAUAAUGACUAAGAAGCAUGUCAUUCAGUUAGUCUCUUUCUCCUGGCUUGUUCCUUUAGGUCUUAUGUGUACUAUUGGGAUAUUUAUUUCCAGACUGAAAUUGUGUGGCUCACACAUAGAGAAACUGUACUGUGCAGGUUGGCUGAUGGUUAAACUCUCAUGUUCUGCGACCAUUUGCUCUUACAUGCAGUUGAUCAGAUCUUGUUUUAAGUCCUUGGAAAACAGAGGAAAGUUCAUGAGUACUUGUUUGCCACAUUUAUUUGCGUUAUUUAACAUUACAAUUGCUACUCUAUUCGAUGUUAUGCAUAUGCGUUAUGGCUCAAGCGAUUUGCCACAGAGCCUUCAAAACUUCUUGGCUGUUGAAAUUCUAAUAGGUCCUCCAUUAUUCAACCCCCUCAUUUAUGGUCUGACACUAACUCAAAUUCGCAAUAAAAUACUGUGUAGAUGUUUGAAAAGGAAAUAAUAGUGUGUUGAGUAUAUUGUUUAUAUACAUAAAUGGUAGGUACUGUAAAAGGUGGGCC